CCCAGCACCUACUCCACACUAUACGAGCCGGAUGAGUUACUGAAAGCCCUAGUACGACUCCUCCUGGCUGCCUCCAUCCGCCAUUUUCAGCAUUCAAGGCAGGUAGAGUGCCAAAAAUUACCCCAGCCCCGCGGACAAAUUAACAGUUGCCUUUUUGUGAAUGGAUCAGAGUGGAGGCACAGUGGAGACUUUAGAUGAAGUCCCACCUCAUAUGUGGGCGGGGUUACCGGGCUAUCUGAGUUUGGGACAUUCAGCUGUCAACCAAAACCGCAUAGGGGUCUGGACCACUCGGCUCAUCCCCAAAGACAGAAGGUUUGGUCCGUUUGUGGGAGAGAAGAAGAAAAGGUCCCAAGUGACCAGUAAUGUUUACAUGUGGGAGGUGUACUUUCCGAGUCGUGGCUGGAUGUGUGUUGAUGCCACCGAUCCUCUGAAGGGAAACUGGCUGCGCUAUGUGAACUGGGCACGCUCCAGAGAAGAGCAGAAUCUGUUCCCUGUGGAAAUCAACAGGGCCAUAUACUACAAGGCUCUGAGGCCUAUAGGGCCAGGCGAGGAGCUGCUGGUGUGGUACAGUGUGCAAGACAACCCCGAGGUAACAGCUGCAAUAGAGGAAGAAAGAGCCAACAGGAAAAAUUCACCCAGAGCGAAGCGAGCCAGAAGAAAGCUACUUGAGAGAGCCAGCCCGGCUGGUUUGGGUGGAUUCAACAAAACGAGCACAACUGAGCCUAGUGCAAAGGAGAUGUGGGAUGGGGAUGAAGGUGUCAAUGAGGAGGAUCAGAGGCCCUCUAUAGAAAUACAGGAAGCUAAUGAAAUUGCAAGCAUGAACUACGGGGAAGUGGAGAGAGUCAUGUCUGACAGAGGAAAUGGACGGGAGGAGGAGGAAGAACAAAUGGAGGAAGAUGGUGAUGAAUUAGAGGAAGACGUCCAACAGAAAGAUGCUCAGUAUUCAUUUGUGCAGGAGCAGCCUCGCCAGUCCGUGACCAGCGCUGACACCAAUAAAGAAAGCCAUUCGUUUAACACUGAGUCAACUCAUUCAGGGCACAACGCAGACAUAGAUCCUGAUUAUGACCCUGACCUUGAGGGGGACCCCCAGGGCUCGUAUCCCUGUCAUCAAUGUGAACGCCAUUUUUCUACCAAGCAAGGACUGGAGAGGCACCUACACAUCCACGCCACCUCCAACCAGCCCCCUCAAGUGUUCAAGUGUAGGUACUGCAGCAAAGCGUUUAGCUCACAGGUAGGACGGCGAAGACAUGAGAGGAGACAUGAAAACGGGUUUAAGAAAAAAACUGGGUCCUUGGCUGGAACUCCAAAUCUAUUAAGCAAUGUAGCACAAACAAAUGCAUCAAGUUCUGAUUUUACAAACUUGACUAGUCACUACACAGCCAUAGGGACACAACUCACAGGGGCUGUUGUGCACAACAUGGACAUGCAGAAAAAAGAGGUAAUUGUGGAUCGGCCAUUUGUUAUGGAUGAAAACGGGGAGUCAAAAGAACUGCAUCCAUGCAAAUAUUGUAACAAAGCAUUUGGCACACACACCAAUAUGCGAAGACACCAACGCAGAAUACACGAACGGCAUUUAUUACCAAAAGGGGUGCGAAGGAAAGGAAUGCUACUUCAGGAGGCACAGCAACUCCCUGAUGAGUCACCCAGCGCUAGUCCACCUCCGGUUUAUUUGCCCAGUGCCGAUACAGAGGAUGAGACUGACAGGGAUGACUAUGCUGUUGAUAUUUCCAAAAACAUAUCUGAUAAUUUGAACUACUACAUUGAUGGUAAAAUAGUCUCAACCAAUGCAGCGAGUGGUUGUGAUGUGAUUGAAGUGGAUUCUAGAUCUGCUGCUCUUUUUGGUCUUGACACUGUUAUAAUCAGUCCAAGUCAGCUUACUCCGACACUAAAGGUAGAGCCUAGAAUGAGCACAACAAAGCAAGUUUCUAAUCUUGGUCAAAGUACAGGAAAAAGGAGGACUUCUACACCUCCUCUUGUCCCAAAUCUAAAAGUAGAGACAGAAACUCAAUCAUUAACAGUUUGUCCGCCAUCUUCUUCAUCUUCGUCUUCCUCAUCUAGCUUGUUAGUCGGAGGGCUGUUCCAACAGGACACAUCCUCCUUUCAGCGCGAAAAAACUGUCUACCUUUCCCCUAAACUAAAACAACUACUUCAAACACAGGACAUGCAAAAGUCCACCAUCGCCGUCUUAACUGAAAGCCAUAGACUAACCUCAGUCACACCCAUUCAGGGGACUUCAGGUAGGUUUAAAAGACGAACCGCUUCUCCCCCUGCAUCUCCACAGCUAAGCCCUCCUGGCAAAGUUGAAAAAUCAGAAGUAUUUAGUCCGUAUUUGCUAAAGGUGCCAAAGUUAGAAAGCCAGAGCGUGUCACUAGUACCUUGCAGUAUGAAUGAUAAAAAAGAUGGAGAGCCCCUUGAAAAUACCACUCAAGAGCAUUCCUCAUCUAAUAGUGGUGGUAAUACCUGCAAUCAACAGCCAUUAGACCUGUCAAAUUCAUACACUCGAAAAAGUGAUAGCGGUAUUAAAGUUCUUGGAGAUGGUGCUCUAGAUUUAAGUUGUCAUCGCAAAAACAGCAUCGAACCUGAAUUAAAGGGAAGCCCGGGUCCUCAACCGCUAGUAAAAAAGCGAAAACCAAACACCAGCAUGCUAGAAAAAGUGCUCAUGAACGAAUACGUAGGUCUUCCAUUGCCCGGAGAGGAGAGCCCAUCUGCCUUAGCCAAUGUAAUCCCUUCUCGCUCUCCAAAUGUAACAUCGGACAGUGGCAACCCCUCGCCGCCAUCUUUGACCCCGGUAACGCUGAAUCCAUCUUCUCCCAUGGGUGAUGGUGUGACAUCACCAACCCCGCCCCCACCUGUCCUGCCUACAAUCCCCUCCCCGCCUCCCAUGCCUAGCUCGCCCCUCUCGCAGCCUUCAGAGUUGACGGAAUUGAGACCACUCCCCGUGCUCUCUCCAAAAAUGUCCCCAAGAUCUGAACAAAAUGACACAGAUGCUGUCACGUCAGAGGAGAAAGAAAAGAGCAAAGAAGACACUAAGAGACCAGAAAUUGAAAAUGGCCUCCAAGAAGAAGCAUUAAAAAGUUCUCCCAGCUCACCAAAUCUUUCCGUAGAUCAUGAACCCACCUCACAAGAUGCAUCUGCUGCUGUUGAAACUACAACCAGUUUGCUAAAUGGAAAAAUAGAAAGCAAUACGGAAACUGUAGAAGAGAAAUCUCCAAGUUUGGAUAAUGCAGAUUCAUCGCCUAAAGAAUCUACCACGUCCUCUCCUGCUCCUGCCUCCCCCAAAUCUCCCUCUCCAAAGUUAAAGAUUUCCGAUCACAUCCAAAUUAAAGAAGAGGCACAAAAUGGUGUGGAUGAGAAUCCAGUUCCAAACCAUGUGCCCGAGGAUAAAGUCGAUGCUAAUGAUGACUCCGAUAAAACUGCUGAGGGGGAAAAUGACUUGGAUUACUGUAAGACUUUUGUGUGCAAUGUUUGUGAAGAACCGUUCGACUCGAUUAAAGAGCUUUCAGGACACAUCGCUGUACACGCAGAGGAGUGGCCAUUCAAAUGUGAGUUUUGUGUUCAGCUUUUCACAGAUGGCCCGGGACUUCUUGAGCACCGAUCCACGCUACACGGGGUCGGUACCAUUUAUGUCUGCUCUGUUUGUUCGAAGGAGUUUGCGUUUCUUUGCAAUCUCGAGCAGCAUCAGCAGGAUCUCCAUCCCCAAAUGACAUGCACACACACUACUGUAGAAAGUGGUAAGCUCCGACCACAGAACUACACCGAUCCAACCAGAGCCAAAGACGAGAGCAGCCCUUCCACACCAGCAAAAGAACAGGCAGAAGAAGUUCCUAUAAAUAAUGAGUCAGAGAAAGAGGAGACUGAUAUGAACGGGAAUCACACACAAAAAGAGGGGGAGGACCCCAACGAAGAGCUGUACACUACAAUAAAGAUCAUGGCUUCGGAGGGAGGGAAGCCUAAAGGGCCUGAUGUCCGAUUGGGCAUUAACCAGCACUACCCCAGUUUCAAACCUCCACCAUUCCCCUAUCACAGCCGCAGUCACGCCUCUGUAGCUUCAGCCACAAACUUUACCACUCACAACAUCCCCCAGACCUUCAGCACUGCCAUCCGCUGCACCAAAUGUGGUAACAGCUUUGACAACAUGCCCGAGCUGCACCAACACAUACUGGCCUGUGCUAAUGCUAGUGACAAGAAGCGAUACACUCCCAAGAAGAAUCCAAUACCCCUCAAGCAGAUUGUCAAGUCUCCAAAUGGAGUGGUGUCGCCCACAGCCGCUGGAGCAGGGCAGGGGGCAUUCAGGAGGAUGGGCCAGCCAAAAAGACUCAACUUCAACGUAGAAACUGGUAAAAUGAAAAUGAAUGCUCUGAGUAAGAAGAAGAACCAGCUGGUCCAAAAGGCCAUAUCACAGAAAAAUAAAUCUGCCACAAACUCAAAGACCUCUCCUGUGAAAACUGAGGAAGAGCAGGACUCUCCCAGUGCCAACAUCUGCCCUCACUGCAGUCGCGAGUUCACAUAUGCUGCUAGCCUCUCCAAGCACUGUGUGAACUGCCCCAUGAAGCCUGCGGGCAAGAAGGGCAAGAAGACAGCAGCUGAGGUGAAGAAGGAGCCGACCCCCGCGACUGACAAGAGCAUGAGCUUGAGGAAGAAGAAUGCAGACCCAGAGCCAGCUCAGACUGAGGCCGAGACCAAACCGCUGGGUAAGACCAGGGCACGCAGCUCCGGAGCAGCUGAACCAGAGCCCACCCCGACUAUCAAAGCCAAAGGAGGACCAGGAAGACCCAAGAGACCCGCCUCCUUCCCAGAGUCUAAAUCACCCCCCACAAAGAAGGCAAAGAAAGGCUCACCUCAGUCUGCCCCCGUUGCACCCGCCGACACCCCUUCCGAUCCCGCACCGAAACCUGCCUCCAAGACUCAGCCCAAAGGCAAAGAGGCACCGCCCAAGAAACCAGCCGAGUCCAAGUCCCCUUCAGUGAAAAAGGAACGUUUCUCCCUCCGAAGCCGAACAGGAGGUCCCAUCACCCGUAGCUCUCAGGCCACAGCCGCGUCUGCCCCGGGACAGGCCGAGGAACAAGCCAGCGAGGAGUCUAAAGACACUCAGGAGGUGCCAGUGAAAUGAGAGCCAUACGGAUGCAUUCUUCUGGAGUUUGGUGCUUCUUCUCUGUCAAAGCUCUGGACUGACCCUGACAGCACAGAGGGGGGCAGCUGUGGCCUCAUUCACUUGAAGCAAAGUGAAGUUGAACUCUACUGCCUUGCUGGAUUUAAGGGAGGGAUCGCUCUGCAUCUUCCAGUUAUCUCCUGAAUCGAACUGAGCCUUGUUUUUAUAGCCAGCCUGCAAAAAAUUGAAAAAUUACGUGUAAAUGACAAUGGAUUCUUAAUAUAUACAAUUUGUGUCAUUACUGGACCCAAAACAGUAAUACUAGGGCUCUGUUAUGUUUGAAAGCUGAUCUAUUGCAAAUGGCAAUCAUGUAUUAUUUAGAAUUAGGGAAUCCUGUAUUCUGUAUUUUCCUAUUUGAUUGUUUAGAUUCUCCGAUAUUUCCGGAUAUGUCUCUUAAAAAUGCAUGUGCGAAGUAGACUGUACACUAGAUCAAGCGUUUUUUUGUGUUUUUUUUCUAUGUCUUCUUCUCGACACUUCAGUUUGUACAAUUAUUUACAGUAUAAAUAAUAAUGUUCUGAUUUAAUUUUCUGUAGUUAUUUUAUUGUAGAUGAUGAUAUUGAAUUUUGUUUGGCAAACAAACUUGUAAAUGGCAGUAAUUUACUGCAAUAAUUGGUCCUCAGGAACACUGUACAUUAGUGCGAGGGUGAAUGAUGUGGGUGCUGUGUGCUCCUUUAGUUUAUACAGGUCGUCUCUAGCUCUGACUCACACAUCGUAGUUUGACAGCUGUUUCAGUUGUAGAAUAAUGGGAAGUAUUCUUCCCAUUAGUGGAGUUUGUCUCGACAACAAUUUAAAAGUCCCUCACCUUGCCCUGUGUUUUACAGCACUUUAAACCAAUCUGCCAAAAUGUGUCGCCCGAUCUUUUUAAUUGGCUUCAUUAAACAAAAGAGGAAUGUAUCCUGGUCUGUGGUUAGCAGACUCUGUACUUUGCACCAAUUUGUGCAAAUUAUCCCAAACAACUCCUUAUGCCUUCUGACAACAUGUAAUAGUUGUCAACUCCAUGAGAUGCGGAAGAACCUAGCCUGGUCACUCAAUCGGGUUUUUAGUAUUGCGCACAAACAAUUUGUUUUGCCCACUUGCGGUGGAGCAAUUUAACGCGACCCUUAAGUCUUAAUAAGGCCUGCUAAACCAGUGCAACUUGCAAAACAUGCAACCCACUACAGACACUAAGCAUUAAAAUGGAACUCUAUUGUGGUUAAGUGGUGGAGAGUUUCAACUGUGAAGACCUCUAAAUUGGACAUGUUUCCAAAUCAUAAAAAGUACGACCAGUCAGGCAAGAAAAUAUAAUUUGCCAAUUGCCAAUUAUUGCGAAAUGCGGCAGUAACACCUUGAAGGAAGCAGUAUUUGUUUGACUAUUUUACAAUUACAGUAAUAUAUUUUUGAGUCAAACUGUUUUUCCUAUCCAUACCCUUUUGUCUGACACUAACCUGUUGCAUGGAAAGUCCACAGAACAUUUGUGUAAUCCCAGCAGAGACUCCUAAGCUUUUCAGAAUCAAAAUGUAUCAAAGAUGAACAAGACAAAUUCUCAAUGACCUCAAGGGAGAUGUGGCUGUAAUUGACAUAAUAAAACUUUUUUCAGAUUGUGUAAACCUGUGAGCAAUUUGAUUUGUGAUUUGAUACAUUCUUAUUUUAUUGAAAUCAUGGUAUUUUGAGAUGUAAUUUUGACCAAGGCUCUGUUUAUUUGAUUGCAGACAUUUAUAAUAAAUAACCCUAUAGUAAUGUA